GUUAACAAUUAACUUUCUUCCUUUGGUAAUUAACUGUUAUUAAUUCAAAAUUACCUUGAACAUCUUCACCCAUGUUAAAUUUUCUUCUUUCUUUUUCUCUUUCUUUUUUUUCUUGUUGAUUAUUUGCUAACAUUAAACGUGUUUUGUUUACCUUUGAUUCUGUUGAUUUUUUUAUUCAUUUUCAAUUCCAUUCCAUUAGUUUGAUCAAUCAUCCUAAACGACACAAUUAACCUGCUAACAACACCCAAUAAGUGAUUUCAUAACAAUUAACAACAAUGUUUACUGAAGGUCGAGAGACUUCAAUCUAUGUGGCCUAUGGACUGACCACUGUCGCCUUGGCCUACGCUUUCUAUACUCAUUAUAAGUUGAAAAAAUUAGGGAAAAUUAAUCCAUUCAUUAGGAAAGGUGAACAAAAAGUUUCCGAUUCAUUUAUUACCGAAGAGCUUGGAGAUCGGAUUAGUUUAUGUCGCUGUUGGAGAUCGGCCACUUUUCCGCUUUGUGAUGGGGCACAUAAACACUAUAAUCGUGAGUUCAAUGAUAACACUGGACCAGUGGUCAUUAAAAGAAAAAUGCACCCGAAAGACCAAGAAAAUCGAAACAAUCAACUGACCAACAAGAAAAAGAAAUGACCAGUGAACAAGUAAACUGAAAUGAAAUGAAACGAAUCACUUUCAAUUAAGAUUCAAACAGAAUUACAAUUGUAAUUGCUAACAUUUGAUGUAAUAAUAGAAUGAAAUUGCAUCAGAUUUAAAAUAACAAUUAAUAUCCUUAA